AUGGCUAAAGCAGUGAUUUGUGCGCUUCUUGCAUCUCUGUUUGCCUGCUGUAGAUCUGCACCAGUGGCUUUUCAUGGUGGUUCAGAUGUUCUCUGCCCUCUGACAGUGAAGAUCCUGGAUGCUGUGAAAGGGACUCCCGCUGGAAACAUAGCUCUGGAUGUCUAUCGCCAAGAUCAAGGUGGGACAUGGGAAAAGAUUGCCAGUGGGAAAGUGGAUAUGUCUGGUGAGGUGCAUAACUUGAUCACUGAGCAGGAGUUCACUCCUGGCGUGUAUCGGGUGCAGUUUGACACUAAAGCCUACUGGAAAGCAGAGGGCCGUACACCUUUCCACCAGCUGGCCGAUGUGGUGUUUGAGGCUCAUGCAGAGGGGCAUCGUCAUUACACUCUGGCUCUUCUUCUGAGCCCCUUCUCUUACACCACAACAGCUGUGGUCGUCAAAGCACAUGAGUGACAGCACACAACAGAUCUACAGCGACAAUCUACACAGAGAAAUUACUUUUCAUCCAAGGUCCAAGAUUUAGAAUUUGCCACACCUUGCAAUGCCAGAUUGAUUGCUAAAAUUCACAAAGUCAAUAUCCUGUCAAAAGUGCGUUGCAACAUUACGAUUUUUAAGUUUUUGAAUGAAGUCUC